UCAUCUUCCCAGAAUAAUAAUUACUGGAGAGUGGAGAGGGAGAGAGCGCUUUGAGAGUUGAUAUCCAGAGCUGAAAUUCUCUGAAGGAUACGGAGGUUUUUGUUUUCCGGCAUUAAGGGGUAUGAGAUGCUUCAGAUGACAACCUGUGAAGCUCCGGGCAGUAUGCUAGGGUUUAUCUGGAAGAGGGACCAGUUGGGAUCUGGGACUUGCAGAGCUGAAGGAGAUUCUCCAUUGUUCAGCGAUUUUGUAGCGAGGGAAAUCAAUGCCUUGUCAUGGCUUUUUCUCAUAUUGAUUACUUCUCUUCUGCUCGGGAAAGUUAUCAGGUUGGUGAGAUUAUGGGCGAAUGGGAGCAAGAUCCCUGGUCCUCCAUGCCCGUCCCUUUACGGGCAUUUGAAGUUGAUUUCUGGAGCCAAUUCUGGUGGUAAUCUCAUUGAUUUUCUGUCAAAGUCACAUGAGAAAUAUGGAUCAAUUGUUAGGCUAUGGUUGGGUCCUACUCAGCUUCUGGUGUCUCUAAAUGAUCCAGAACUUAUUAAGGAGAUGCUUGUAAAGGCAGAGGAUAAAUUGCCUUUGACAGGAAGGACAUUCCGUCUGGCAUUUGGGCGGUUGAGUCUCUUUGUUCCAUCAUUUGAAAAGGCACAAAAGAGAAGACAAUCAUUGGCAAUGCAGUUGAAUGGGAAAUUACUUGACAGGGCAAAUAUGAUAACUCUGAAAGUUGUGGACUCUGUCAUGGAAAGAAUUCAUUCUCUCAUGCCAAAAGAAGUUCUUGAUUGUAGAUCGGUUUCCCAACAUAUGGCUUUCUCCAUCCUUGGUUCUAUGCUCUUUGGAGAUGCAUUCUUUGCUUGGUCUGAUGCAAUUGUUUAUGAAGAUCUUCUUAUGAUGAUUGCUAAGGAUGCUUAUUUGUGGGCAUCAUAUAGUGUUCCUCCAUUCUGGAAAACAGGAUUUUGGAGGUACCAGUGUUUGUGUAGAAGGUUAAAAAACUUAACACAAGACAUUGUUCAACUGUGCAGAGAAACUUGCAAAUUCUUUGGUCAAAUGGACCAAAACCACCAUGAUGAAAGGGCACAUAUUGGAAAGGAAGUUGCGAAGGGUGCAAUAUCUUAUUCUGGUGGUUUGCUGGCAGAUGACUUAUUCUUAGAGGAGCUUAAUGGCCAUUUUAUCACAAGGGAUGAACCAUGUGGGAAUAUUAUGGGUAUGAUGUUUCAUGGAUGCCUCACCAUGGCAGGCUUGAUUGCAAACAUCUUGACAAGGCUUGUUAUGCAUCCAGAUAUACAGGACAAGAUCUACUCGGAGAUAAUUAUGAUGCGCAGAGAAUCAUCUAACCCAGAAUUGCAGAAUGUUGAUAAGAUGCACUUUUUAUUGGCCACUGUAUAUGAAUCUGCUCGUCUUCUGCCAGCAGGACCGCUGCUUCAAAGAUGUUCUCUGAAACACGACCUCAAGCUUAAAACAGGUAUUACUGUACCAGCUGGCACAAUUCUGGUUGUCCCUGUCCAAUUAGUGCAGAUAGAUGAUUCUUGUUGGGGAAGUGAUGCUAGCCAGUUUAAUCCAUAUCGUUUCUUGUCCAAGGUGGUGAAGACUGGUGAUUCAAUGCCUAAAAUGCCAUGCACAGGAGCUGCUAAGGAUCUUGCUGGUGCAGGAGAUGGCUCGUUUGUUGUAAAUGACCCAAAUGCAAAUGAAGCAUUUCUUCCUUUUGGUUCUGGUGCACGUGUUUGUGUUGGACAGAAAUUAGCAAUCCGUGGAAUUUCAACAUUAUUUACAUCUCUGCUUGAACAAUAUGAGGUACGACUUCAGCCAGGUACAGAAAAUGACCCAAAGCCAACAAUGAACAAUUGUGUUCUUCAGCUUCUUCCUAGUCCAAAGAUCAUCUUUGUGAGAAGAACCAAAGUGAGGAAGUGAGGAGAGAAGACAUCCGUACGGAAAUAACUCUCUCAUUUCCUUUUUUUACUGGUACAGCCAGGAUAUGUAGUGGACAGGCAUCUUGUUUUCACUCUUUUUAGUGGAGAAAGGGAGAAUGUUUCAUCUCUAUGUUUUUUAUUCAUGUUUUUUCCUUCCUGUUUUUAAUGGCUCCAGUGCUGUUUAGUCAUGAUUUUCAUGUUCUUUGAAGCACUUGAGAGCUGUUACUGCAGAGGAGCUGUGUUAAUUCCUCCUUUAUCUUUGUUGUAACUGUUUUUUUCUCCCAAGGGAGUUUAUGUAAUUUUGUGGUGCUCAUCAAGACAAGUAGACAAUUGUAUUGUGUUAUUGAUAUCAAGUGCUGUAUGCUAUUGUAGUGUUGUUAGUC